AUGAAGGGGGAGUUGCUGACAGAGCAGUCGAAGUGUUCCGACUUCCAAAAAGAGGCACAAGAGGCGCGCAGUCAGUUGACGGCCGCACGGGAGCGCCUGGUGGAGCUGGGGAGUGAGGCACGGGAGCAGAAGCUGCAGAACGACGUGCAGGUGAAGCGCUUGGAACGCGCCCUGAAGGAGUGGAACGCCUCGGAGACCGAGCGACGCCGAGCCGAGUGCUCGGUGCGCGUGCUGGAGCAGGAGCUGGAACGCCUCCGCAAGGAGCUCAGCCAGACGAUGCUGCCCGAGGCACUGCCGGCGGCGCUGCCGGCCACGCCACCGCGGCCGAUGCCAAAGCGGGUGACGCUGGACGGCGCGGUGCUGGACAAGGCGCGACGCUUGGAAGAACGGAUGCAGGAGGAACGGGCGAAGAACGAGGCCCCACAGGAGAAGAAUCCUCGAAGCCCCAAUGCUCAAAUGAGAGAGAAGAUGGCCGAGGCCAGAAGAAGGCUCGAGCGAAACCUGCCUGAGGCAGAGUCUGCCACGGAGCCGACCAAGUUGGGAGAGCUUAACGAGUGA